GUCUUCUUUGACUGCCAUGUCAGCCCCCGCGUCGGCUGGGAGCAGGCUUUCCUGAAGCAGAUGCAGCGGAAAGGAGACCAUCGAACCAUCGUUGUCCCCACCAUCACCUCGCUGAAUCCUGACACCUGGAAGGAGCUCGGCGGCAAUGCCGGCGGCAAAACCUGCUUUAUUUUGUGGAACAACGACUUCACCUGGCUGUAUAACCCCGGCCGUGAUGCACCGUUGAUGAGCGGUGGCCUCCUUGCACUGUCUCGAAGGUGGUGGGAAGAGACCGGCGGCUACGACACCAACAUGGUCGCAUGGGGCGGCGAGAACAUCGACCAGUCUCUUCGCUCCUGGCUGUGUGGCGGGCGAAUCGAAGUCGCUGAUGGUGCCUAUGUGGCGCACAUGUGGCGGGAUCCCAAGAAUCCGAAGACGACGCUACGGUAUCCGAUCCCCACUCGGGACGUCAUGCGGAAUAAGGCGCGAGCAGCCACGGCCUGGUUUGGGGAGUUCGUUGAGAAAGUCAUGACGUUUCCAGAGUACGAGAUGUUCACCAAAAAUGGAGAGAGCAUCGGAGACAUGCGUGGCUUCCAGACUGUCAAGGACAGACUGGGCUGUGCUCCGUUCACGAGCUACCUGGAUCGAUUCUCGUACAUCUACCUGGAUGGCGGACUAAUCCCAGAUCACGUCUUCCAGCUUCGGGAGCAGAAGACUGGACUCUGCAUGCAGGUCAAGCGGAAUGACCGACAGCCCCACAACGUGGUGCUGGCAGCUUGCGCCGGACCCCAUGAG